AUGUUGACUCUAGAUCUGGAAACUGAUACCACUGCGGAGGAUACAGCGCCAAGCACCCCAGGUGAUAGUGCGGAGACACCGGCCAGUCUCGAUGUGCUGGAAGAGCAACGGCCAAUCAAGCAGUCCUUGAGUGCCUCUAUGUGCAGUGAGAAUCAUUGGCGUUGCCUCCUCUUGUCCUUACUCAUGUACAGCUGCCUGGGUGCUGUGGCCUGGUGUCAGCUUACCCAAGUGACCAAGCUAAGCUUUGAUUCCUCCAGUACUUCCCUUACUGUCUCAAUGAACUCUCUUAGAGGAGGAGGAAGUCGCACCAUGGUAUACCACGACAGCCCUUGUUCUGAUGGCUAUGUGUACAUCCCCUUGGCCUUUCUUCUCAUGCUCUAUGUUGUUUACCUCAUGGAGUGCUGGCACUGUCGUGCCCGCAGCGAGCUUCAGUGCAAGGCCAACGUGGACAGCAUCCAUGAAAGGGUUCUGCGCAUGCGUCAAUCUCGACCAUGCAUCUGGUGGAAAGCUAUCAGUUACCAUUUCGUUCGUAGGACUCGACAAGUGACGCGUUACCGGAACGGGGAUGCCUUCACCACCACACAGGUUUAUCGCGAGCGUGUGAACACGCAUGUAGCUGAGGGAGAGUUUGACUAUAGGCGUUGUGGCAUGCGGGAUGUUUCACGCAACUUGAGUGGACUGGAGGGUCACGCAGCAACACGAUUGCAUUUCACCAAGUGCUUCAGUUUUGCUGGAGCAGGGCCAGAGAAUUCUUACCUUAACCAACGGGCCAGGUUCUUCUCCGAAAUUGAAGGCCUGGAUGACUACAUGGAAGCCCGCGAAGGCAUGCUGCUAAAGAAUGUCGACUUCAAAGAGCACAUCGUAGCUUAUAUAGAUCCUGACCAACUACCGUGGUACACCUCAAGAGUCACCUUCUGGAUGGCUGCUCUCCUCAUGCUCUCCUGGCCACUUCGAGUGUUGAUUGAGUACCGUACGGCUUUUCUGCACUAUCAAGUUGAAAAACUCUUUGGGCUAGAGUACAGCAACAACAACCCAUCUCCAGAGGUAGUCGCUACAGUGAGGAACACUCAAUAUGGCCUUCCAAGAGCAGAAACAGUGGACAGCACAGAGUUGGAAUGGCACAUUCGCUCAAAACGUCAGCUUAUUCCGAGCUACUCAGAAGCCAUGCUGAUGAAUCUGGAGGCUUCCAGGUCAGACGACAGAAGCAGCCUUUCCUCCAACCGUUUCUUGUUGGAUAGCAACCCAGCACAGAGCUAUGGGACAUUGCAAAACUGUGAGCACAGUUGCCAACAUGAGGGUGGACAAAGACGGCCAACCAUCACCUCUAGCUGUUCCUCCAUCUUCUCUCGACAUACCUUCCACUCCCGUUUGUCACUGGAUACAUCCCACUUCUCACUAUGCCGCAUAUAUGGCUCCAGGCGCACCUUGGGACUGUGUAGGAGCCGAAGCAGUACACUUACAGAUCGCUGCUGUCCUGAUGAGCAGUGCUCCAGGUCUUAUACCAGUCAGCUGGCCCUUAAUGACAGCCCACCCAACUACCAAGAUUCUCGCUUUUUCCCAGUCCUCAUUGUACAUCGGCCUGAGGGCUGCGGGGACUCUUCAGAAAUUAGAAGGUAUUAUGUACGCAGGGGCUCCUGUUGUGUGGAGACUUCACUUUAA